UUUUUUUUUUUUAAAUAUGAAAUAAGUGGACAUAAAGUUCUCAGGUGGAUUAUCACGGUGCUUCCAGACGAACUACUCAGCUUGCAAGCCUGGCUACCCUGAUUAAGAAGAUAUGAAAGAAUACACGCUCCUCCUCUUCCUGGCUUUGUGCUCUGCCAAACCUUUCAGCAGUCCUUCAUAUUUUACAUUAAAGAAUAUGAUGCUCCAAGACAUGGAAGAAGAAGAAGAUGAUUAUGAUGAUGACAAUUCUCUGUUUCCAACCACUGAACCAAUUAUACCACUGAUGCCUUUUGAUCUGUUCCCAACAUGCCCCUUUGGAUGCCAGUGCUACGUGAGAGUUGUUCAUUGCUCUGACCUGGGUUUGACAUCAAUACCUCGCAACAUCCCACCAGAUACUCGUAUGAUUGACCUUCAAAACAACAAAAUUAGAGAGGUCAAGGAAAAUGAUCUCCGAGGACUCACGUCACUCUAUGCUCUGGCUCUGAACAACAAUAAAAUCACCAAGAUCCAUCCAAAAGCAUUUCAAUCAACCAAGAAGCUACGACGAUUGUAUCUGUCCCAUAACCAGCUAACUGAGAUUCCAGCAAACCUACCUAACACUUUAGCAGAGCUCAGAAUUCAUGCUAACAAGGUUAAGAAAAUCCCCAAGGACACAUUUAAAGGAAUGAAAUCUCUCCAUGUUUUAGAAAUGAGUGCAAAUCCUCUUAACAAUGAUGGAAUAGAGCCAGGGGCUUUUGAAGGAGUAAAUAUCUAUCAUAUAAGAAUUGCAGAAGCUAAACUAACUUCAAUUCCUAAAGACUUGCCCUCCAGUCUGCUAGAACUUCACUUAGAUGACAAUAAGAUCACAGCAAUUGAACUUGAAGAUUUUAACCGCUACAAAGAUCUUCAAAGACUAGGUCUUGGGAAUAACAAAAUCAAAGACGUGGAAAAUGGAAGUUUUUCCAACAUACCGAGUAUACGUGAAAUCCAUCUUGAAAGAAACAAGCUCAAGAAAGUUCCUCCUGGAUUACCUGAACUGAAAUACCUGCAGGUGGUCUUCCUUCAUUCUAAUCAUAUUGCCAAACUGGGAGUCAAUGAUUUCUGUCCAACAGGAAGGAGAAAGAAGAAGGCAUUAUACAGUGGCAUAAGCCUCUUCAAUAAUCCUGUAAAGUACUGGGAGGUUGAGCCUUCAACUUUCCGCUGCAUUUUAGCUAGAAACAGCGUGCAACUUGGAAACUUCCUCAAGUGAUACCCAAGUUGGUCAUGUCAAAAGCAACUCAUCAAAAAUCACUUCUACAAUACUUGAAAUUUGCAGAAAAAUGCCAAUUUUACACAACUUCACCAGUUUACAAAGCAUUUGCUAUUUUGAGGAUGAUUAAUUAGAAACAGUAUGUUAAUAAUAUCAGUUGUAUUAUGUGACAAUGUUCAACCUACAUUUGAGUAAUUUAAACAAAUGCUUUUAUAACGUACAGAAGGACUCUUGGAAACGGAACUGGAAACUAUAUUUGAUGUUUCCUAUUGUAGAUGUUUAAUUCUUCAGCUAAAUCACAUAGUUUUAACAUAUUCUUUCUUUCAUGUAAAUUCUAAAAAACCAAGUGGAAGUGACUUUUCCAUAGGAAGGACCUUUUUCUCUGCCAAAAAGUCUUGUAAGGAAAGUUGCAAAAACCCCAUCAUUGUCAGACUUGAAGGGCAACUCCUUGUGCCAACUCUGAUAAUCAGCAAAGAUGCACUAAAAAGGUACAACAUUGCAAGACCUUGUUUCUAAACUAGAACAGACUUUUAUAAUCUAUAGAGUGAGAUAAAGGCAGGUUUCAUACCUUAGGAUCAUAGAAUCAUUUAGGUUGGAAGAGACUUUAUCGAGUCCAACCAUUCUCUGACUCUACCAAGUCUGGUGCUAAACCAUGUCCCACAACACCACAUCCCUUCCUCUUUAAAACACCUCCAAGGAUGGGGAUUUAACCAUUUCCCCAAGACAAGACUGAUCCAGAGUCUGAGAAGAUUUUCAGUGAAGAAGUCUCCUCUAAUAUCCAACCUAUCCAUUCCAAUAUGAAGAAG